CACACGACCACACCUCUUUCCACCACAACGCCCGCACAAAAUGUCUCCCUCAAAAGACGACCCUCCCGCGCCAAAAAUAUCAAUAAAAGGCUUCUCCCUCUCCGCGAAACCCUCCUCUUCAACCUCAAAACCCAAACCGCCACCAGCAACGCUCCUAGGCAAGAGACCGCGCUCCACGUUCGCGGCGGCGCACGAUGACAGUGAUUCGGAUGGUGAGCACAGCAGAGGGAAAGUAGAGACUGUUCAUGGGUUCGAAGAUGGCGGGGCCGUGAAUGGGGAGAAGAAAGCUAGUGGUGCGUUGCUUGUUAUCCCCAAGCAGAAGAAUAGGGAUUGGAAGGCUGAGGCGCGGGGGAGAGGGAGGGGAGGGAAGAAUCUGUUGCCGGCAGAGGUGCAGGCUGCUCAAGAAGCUGCUAGGAAAGAACGAGAAGGAAGAGGGAGCGGGAAGGAAGAAGGUGUCGAUGUUGUGAAUUCGAAGGAUGGGGAGAUUGAGUGGGGAUUGAGUGUUAGGAAACGGGUUAAGGUUGAUGAGGAGGAACCUACACCUACAUCUACACCUGUAGUUGAAGAAGAAAAGGUCGAGGGAAAGGCGGAAGAGAAGCCCAAAACCGCAGACGAAGAAGCUCUCGCCGCGCUCCUAGGCCAGAACAAAGAGAAAAGGGGCCCCGACCUAAUCAUCAAGUCCGAAACAGACGCCUACCGCCAAGCUAUCGCCUCUGCGCCCGAGGCCUCCACGCUAGAAGACUACGAGCGGGUGCCCGUCGAGGAAUUCGGCGCCGCUCUGCUGCGAGGAAUGGGCUGGAAGGGCGAAAGUCAUGGGAAAGUGAAAGAUGUGAAGCGGAGACAGAAUUUACUCGGCUUAGGAGCGAAAGAGUUGAAGGAGGCGGAGGAACUGGGGGCGUGGGUGCAUAAGAGUGAUGUGAAGCGGUUGCAGGCCGGUGGGGAUAAGAGGGGAGAGAGGAGGCCUAGGGUUAGUGAGUAUAGACGGGAAGAGGAGCGGAGGAGGGAAAGGAGAGGCGGUUCGGGGUAUAGAGACGAGAGAGAGCGAGAGAGGAGACGAUAAUUUCUCUCUUUUUUUCGUUACAUUUCUUUUAUUUGAUAGAUAGAGCUGCAAUGUAGUGCACACCCAGCUCUCUUCACCAAUAGAAACCCAU